GAAAAAAUGAAUGUGCGCCUUUUUUGGGGCAAUAAUAGUUUUCUAGUUGUGUUUCUGUUUUUUGGUUUUUUAUACUUCAGUUGGGCUGAAGACGACCCAGAAACUCUUCAGUUAAGAGAGCAGUCACUUUUACAACAGUUGAAAGAUGUAGAUAGAGAAGCAAUAGAAUACAGAAGAGAAAUUCAACUGUUGAAAGAGGAAGAGAAGAGGAUGGAAGCUGAAUACAAAAAGUUGAAGCAAGCUAGGGAUUGGGAGCUGAAAAAGAUGCAGGAAAAAGAGAAACAAGUAGAGCAAUUACAACAAUCUACAAAUCAGAAGCAGCAAGUUGUAGACACUCUAGUGGAGAGAAUUGAAGAAAAUAAGAAAGAGAUUGAAAAACUGGAAAAGCAACUUCAAGAGUUGACAGACGACAAGGAGUAUUUAGAACAUCGCUACUAUUCACCAUCACUUUCAGAAGUUUUGGAUGAAUUGAGCACCAAGUGGGAUCCUUUGUCACGUAAUAUGUAUGUGAAAGCGAAAACAAAGUUGCUUCCUGUUGUUCUCAACUAUAACGAAAGAGCCAAACUAUAUCGACAAAAAUGGUCACGAGAGUUGACAGAGACAUAUAGAUGGGCUCCUCUUUUGUCGUCGUGUUUUAUUUACGGUUGUGUCACUAUAAUUAUUCUUCUAUUGAUAUUAAUUAUAAGAAGAGUUGGAAAACGUUUGAGCGUUUCAAAGUUACUCUUUCUAUCAGAUGUGACCUUCACUGUUUUCUGGUUGAUUAUUCUGUUUGCUUCGACCAUCUUUUGGACCGAUGGCUUUCAAGCAUUGGCUGAAAAUAAUGAAGUCUUGUUUCUCUUAUUGCAAUUGUCCUUGUUCACUUUUUACUCAGGAAUUAUAGCUCUGCGUGUCUUUCUAUUUGCAAUGUCCUUAUCAUGGCAAAUACUUUUGGAACUUUUAAUAUUGUUGAUAUUGUGUCAACAUUAUUAUAUUCAUUUAUGGCAACCUUCCAUGACUGAUAGUCCAUUUACAGCAACUUGGAAGAGUUAUUUAUUCUAUUAUUUGACAUUUCAAUUAUUGAUGUGGUACAAAGCAGCAAAGUUUGGUUUGGUGCCCAGUCUAUCUACUCUUCGAAUACGUGGACUGGCUUUUGUAUGGAGAAGAGGAAAAAAUCGACUGUUCAUGGAACCCGAUCUGACAAAACAACCAUUCACAGUGAAAUAUGCUUAAAAACAAGUUGCAUAGUUUUAAUCACA